AUGUAGAAUUAUCACUCUCCCCAAUAAUUCAGCCCUUACUCUAUUAACAAACAAACUUAAUUAGGUUAAGUUUAAAAAUCUACACCAUUUGAUGAAGAUAAUGAUACAUCCAAAAGUGGAUCUUAAAUAUUCAAUUAAGUUUAAGUAGGAGUCUAAAAUCGUAUUAAUUUGGAUGAUUUAUUUGAUGAUAAUAAAGUCAAAUCUAAUUAAGAUAUCCCAUUUUGGGAAUAAGACUCAUAACAAGGAAAACCAUAAAAUAAUAAUAAGAAUAUUGAAAAUUCUCUGUUUAAUUUUGAACAAAAUUCAAACAAUUAAAUUGUAGGAAUAAAUUCUUAGAAUUAAACCCAAAGAGUAUAAGGAUUAGGAUAAGUGCAACAAUAGAAUAUUAAUAAUUAAAAUUAAAUUCUAAACGAAUUUGAUGAAAUUUUUGAUUAAAAUUCUAAUGAUGUAUCUCAAUAAGGUGAAUAGAUAUAAAAAAUAAAUGAAAUUUAAUAAAAUAAUAGAUAGCAAUUUCCUAUUGAUUUUCCAUAAUAAUAAUAAAUAAAUCCUAAAGUAUAAAAUAUAAAUUCAGAUGCUUUUUCUUUUCCAUUUUUUGAAGACACUUUACCUCCAUUCUAAAUAAAUAAUUAAUUUUAAGGAAUUUAAACUACAAAUUAAUAAAUAAAAGAUAUAAAUAUAUUUAAAGUUGAUGACUUAUUUAAUUAACCAUCAUAUUCAGAUUAAUAAUAGCAGAUUGAUAAUAAAAUGCAUACUCCCCCAAAUUAGUCUUAAAUAAUUUAAUCGUAGAAAUCAUUAAAUGAAAAACAUAUUCCUAAUUCAAAUAAUAGUUCAUAAAUUAAGUAAUAACCUUAAUAGAUAUUAUAAUUUCCAUUCUAAAAAAAUAUACUAUAAUAGGAUGUGAACAAACAAUCUUCACAAUUAAAUUUUAGUUUAGAUUUCGAUUAAGGUACUAAAUAAUAGAAAAGUGUAAGUAAUUCUUAAAGAGACGAUUCAGAUCUACCUUGGGAUGAAGUUUAAAAAUCUUAGACCUAACAAAAAGAUAUUAACUUUUUUUAAGCAACAAAUUUUUUUGAUGAAUUUAAUCAAUAAUAAACUGAUUAAGUUUAACCAAAAAAUCAAAAUAAGGAAGAGUUUAAUAUAUGGUAAACCGAAAAUAAUAAUAACUAAUUUAAUAAUAAUAUAUUUUAAUUAGGAUUAUUUAAUGAUGACACAAACUAAUAAUAAUAAAAUUUAGAUUUUUUCAAAAAAGAAAAUUUUACUAUUCCUUCUUCAAGAUCUUUUGAUUAAUUAAAUUUUAAUGAAUAAGAUAAUAAAAACUAAAAUCACUUAUAAAAUGAAUAAGGUUCCAAUUAAUUUGAUUUCUUUUAAUGGAAGUAAUAAAAUACUGUUUAAUCUGAAAGUGAUGAUGUAAUAGGAUAAUUUUAAUAGAACUUAGAUGUAAUUUAAAAAUAAGAUGAUUCAUAAACAAAUAUUCAGAAUCAACAUAUAAAUUAAUUUGGAUUUCAUGAUUGGAAUGAAAAAUAAACUAAAGCAAAAUCAGAUAGUUAAUCUUCAGUAAAAGAUAAAGAUGAAAAAUUUGAAUUAGGAUGGAAUAAUUUUUAAUAAGUAAAUUAUUAAUAAGAUAAUCAAUUUGAAAAUUGGGAUGGAUUUGAUAUCAAUUAAUAAAAAAAGGAAUAAAGAUUAGAAUAAUUUCAUAAAGAUGAAUUUGAUCAAAUUAGGAAACGUUCAAUGGAAGGAUCAUAAAUAGAAUAAUCAAUUCAUAAUUCUGAAUCACCUACUUAAUAGAUUACACUUUAUGGAAAUUAAGAUUAAGAGAAUAAACUCAGAUUUAUUUAAGAAGAAGAAUUUUAUGAUUAGAAAGAUAAUUAGAAAAUAAAUUUUGAUUCUUUUGAUUAAAGAGAGAAUUAUAUAGAUGAAUCAAAAGUUAUUCAAUAAUCUUAAAAUAAAACAUAAUCAUUUGAAUUUCCAUCAUCUGUUUAAAUGGGUUUUCAUAGUGUUAGAGAAAGCAAAGAAGAUAAUAAGGUUUAAACUUAUGCUGAAUAAAUUAUGGAUUUAUUAUUGCCUAAAAUUGCAGAAAUUACUUAAGCUUUGAGUAAUGAUUUUAUUAAUGAUACUAGUAAUAUAAAAUAAGAAGGAUAAAAUAUAUUAUAUUAAGGAAUUUAUAAUAUUUUAUAAAAUGAAAAGAGAAGAGUUGAAUCAAAGAAAGAGAAAUAUUUGAAUGAAUAAGUAUAGAUAAUUGAAGAUAUAAUCAUACAAUAUGAUAAUAAGACUCAUUAAUUUUAAGAGUAAUUUAUAAAAAUAAAAGAGGAAUAAUAAAAGCAAAGAUAAAAAUCUAAUAGUAAUAUGAGUUUUGACUCAAUAGAAUUAAAAAAAUCUAAAUAAAUAAAUGAAUAAAUUGAAGAAUCACCAAUUUAGAAUAUUUAAUAAGAAGUUAAUCCUAAUCUAUACACACCUUAAAAUUCUUAGGAAAAAACUCAUAAUCCAUUUUAAUUGAUACAUCAAACAUAAUCUAAGUUUUUAAAUGAAAGUGUUAUAAAUGAAGAUAAUAGAGAAAAAGACUUAAUUAAAUUUUAAACUAAUAAAGUCUUCUAAAGAUAAUAUUUAAAGGGAUUGUAACUAAAUGAAAUAUAGAAUUUUAAAAAACAAUGCUUAAGUGAUUAGGUAAUAUUACUUGAAACAGAAGAAUUGAUUAUUAUAUAAAAUUCAGAAAAGAACGAAAGCAUAAAGUAGGGAUAUAAAAUGACUUUGAAUUAUAAAAAUAAGGGAAGGAAUGGAAUUUAAAAUUUAAUUGUAUGCUUUGAUGGAUAAAAAUGUAUAUGUUUACUUAAUAUUAGAAAAAAAUGAUUUUGAAGCUAAUCCAUAAAAAAUAGCCCAUCAAUAUUUAUCUCCUGGAGAAACAAUUAAGUAAGUGAUAAUGUUUAGGAAUUAUGAUUAAUUUGGAGUAUAUUUGAAUUGCUAUUUAAAAUAUACGGUAAUCAAUAAAGGAGUUUAUUGGAGUCAAGGAUAAUAAGGGAUUUAAAAUAAUGAUCCUUUUUAUAGAUCAUAGAUAAGUUAUCAAGGUUACAAUAAUACAUAUUAUAAUCAAUUCUAAUAAGGAUAAGGUAACACUGAAUAUGAUAGGGAUUCUUAAAGAACUCAUAAAUUUAUAAUAGGUAAACCAGCCAAUAGAUUCUUCAAAUAUAAUUACUGGAAAGCAUAGGAUCUUGAAGAAUAUAAUAUGAGAUACUAAGGAGAAGAAUUUCCAUUGAAUUCAUUGGAGGAAUUAAUAAUAUAUCAUCCAUGGUUAGUAAAAAUAGAUUAAUAAACUCUUUGUGGGAAGGUCUUUAUUAGAUUAGAAGAUAGUGAUUAUGAUUUUGUUGUGAAAAUCAUAUUAAAAGAUUAGAAAGGUGUAAUAAAAAUGAAUUGGACAGAUAUUGAUCAAAAAUUAUGUGAGCAUUUGUUAAGUUUUUUAAGUUUUCUAUUUUUUAAAUUAUAUUGA